CACACCUCACCACACAGCAGCCAGCCCUGUAGGUCUGUGGAGUUGCGGAGACACCACUGCCAUCUGGGCACUAACAUACAGCAGCAGUAAUUAGAUCCAUAGACCCAGGACCCAGGCACAGUCCAGCCCAGUCCCAGCCUGUCAUAUAGCAGGGCCCUCACGGACAACUUAAGGGCCUCGCCAACACAGCUCUGGUCUUCAGAGAGGCGUUUGGUUCAGUUGUCUCACUGCAUUUCCUUACUGGAUUUCCAUCUUGCAGUCACUGGUCACUGGAAAGAGCAAGCGGAUUGAAGGUGUCAAGAUGUCCAUCGCUAAUGCAGCCGCGCAGGCCAUGCUGUCAGACGCCUUGCUCCGGGACGGCGCCGGGGGCAACCAUAUCGGUCACCUGGAGCUGGAGCUGCCGCUCGACAGGGUCAUCAAGUUUGUGUCCGUGGGGCUGCCCUUGCUGCUGGUGUCCAUGGCCUUCGCUCGCGAAAUCUCCAUCGGCCCACAGAUCAGCUGUUUCCCACCUAACAACUUCACAGCCAGGCAGGCAGCCUAUGUGGACACGUACUGCUGGGACUCCCUUAUGCACCAUGAGUUUGACACAGAUGGAAACUUCGAGGAGCGAUCCCUCUGGGUGCACAAGAUUUUCCCGUACUCUCUGUUGGCUAUGACCAUGAUGAUGUACCUGCCUGCCCUCAUCUGGCGUUUCCUCGUGAUGCCAUCGCUGGGCUCUGACCUGCUCUUCAUCAUUGAUGAGCUGGACAAGUCCUACAACCGCUCCAUACGAUUGGCUCGGAGCAUCCUGGAGAUGCGCCAGAACACCCAGAACCCCCUCACCUUCCAAGCCGAGCUUGAGAGGGCCAAGAGGAAGCGCUACUUCGAGUACCCCCUGCUGGAGAGGUACAUGCAGAGCAAGCAAAGCUCCUACUUCCUGGUCAGCAUGCUCUUUCUUCGCGGCUUCCUCUUGCUCACCUUCAUGUCGGCCGCCUGCCUCUACCUCGUCUAUUUCCACAUGUCCGCCUUCCUCCAGGACGAGUUCAGCUGCUUCGUCCGCACGGGCCUGCUGCGUGACCAAAACUGGGUUCCCGAGCUGGUCCAGUGCAAGAUGACCGGCCAACUGGUCUUCCAGGUGAUUAGCGUGGCUAACGGCGCUAUCUAUGUCCUGCUGGUGCCUAUCGUGCUGUUCAGCUUGGUCCGCCUCUUCUGCUGGGAUACGACUCUAUUGUCGGUGUAUGAGGUUCUCCCCGCAUUGGGCCUCAACAGUGGUCGCAAGCUGGGCUGCCCGCUCAACGACCUCAACGUUCUUUUACUGUUUCUGCGCGCUAACGUGGUGCACCUGCAGUCUUAUGGCAGGCUGAGGGCUAUAUGCUCGCUGGCGCCCCCGCAGAUCGGGAAGGGGAAUGGCAUGAAGGGUGUGAGGAUGCUGACGGCGGAGGAGAUCGAGGAGAGGGCCGAGAUGGCGCAGGAGUUGGAGGAGGACGUGGAGGAGCUGCAGGAGGAAGGGAAGCUCAACCUGGUGGACAUCAUGACCAUCUUAGGAGCAGCCCGGGGAAACGCUGUCAACUGCACCGAGUCCAGGCCACUGGUGGAGGAGAAUAUGAGUCUGGAGCCAAACCACCAGGGGUACCAUGAGUUGAAGGAGACUGCAUCAUGUAAAAAUGACUAAAUCACCAAUGGACUGAACCAUCAAUGUGACACCAAUCAAUGUGGAUGAAGGAAAAAUAUACUGAACAAAAAUAUAAACGCAACAUGCAACAAUUUCAAUGAUUUUACUGAGUUACAGUUCAUAUAAGGAAAUCAGUCAAUUGAAAUACAUUUUUAGGCCCUAAUCUAUGUAUUCCAAAUGCCUGGGCAGGUGUGCAGCCAUGGGUAAGCCAGGCCCAGCUAAUCAGAAUUCGUUUUCCCCCCAAAAAAGGGCUUUAUUACUGACAGAAAAACUCCUCAGUUUCAUCAGCUGUCUGGGUGGCUGGUCUCAGACAAUUCCGCAUCUGCAGUUGUAAGACCGGUUGGAAUUACUGCCAAAUUCUCUAAAACAAUGUUGGAGGCGGCUUAUGGUAGAGAAAAUAGCAUUUAAUUCUCUGGCAACAGC